AUGAACAUUGACAAAACAGUAAGCGGCAUAUCCGGCGCGCCGUUCGUUCCUUUUCGUUCAACGUUUGUUCGAUACGGUACGUACAGAGUAAUCCGUUCUAAUCGACAAUAUAACGUGCUUCAGAGCGACGUAAGAUGACUGAGACUCUACAGUUAAGAGGCACGCUUCGCGGCCACAAUGGAUGGGUCACGCAAAUCGCGACGAAUCCGAAAUAUCCGGACAUGAUUCUUUCUUCUUCACGUGACAAGACUUUGAUUGUAUGGAAAUUGACACGAGAUGAAGCAAACUAUGGUAUCCCACAAAAACGUUUGUAUGGCCAUUCGCACUUUAUAAGCGAUGUAGUUCUUUCAUCCGAUGGCAACUAUGCGCUGUCCGGUUCAUGGGAUAAAACAUUGCGUCUUUGGGAUUUGGCAGCUGGACGUACAACUAGGAGGUUCGAGGACCAUACCAAGGAUGUCUUGAGCGUCGCCUUCUCUGUAGACAAUCGUCAGAUUGUUUCUGGUUCUCGAGACAAGACAAUUAAACUAUGGAAUACAUUAGCAGAGUGUAAAUACACUAUCCAGGAUGACGGCCAUACCGAUUGGGUUAGCUGUGUGCGCUUUUCUCCCAACCAUGCAAAUCCCAUCAUCGUCUCUGCAGGCUGGGAUCGCGUUGUCAAAGUUUGGAAUUUGACUAACUGCAGAUUGAAGAUCAAUCAUAGUGGUCACACAGGAUAUCUGAAUACCGUGACUGUAUCACCUGAUGGAUCACUCUGUGCAUCUGGUGGUAAAGAUUGUAAAGCUAUGUUGUGGGAUCUGAACGAUGGAAAACAUCUCCAUACUUUAGACCAUAAUGAUAUCAUCACAGCGCUGUGCUUCAGUCCUAAUCGUUAUUGGCUAUGCGCUGCAUUUGGACCAUGGAUCAAGAUUUGGGAUCUUGAGACUAAAGAAAUGGUCGAAGAAUUAAAACCUGAAGUUGUAUCUGCAACCAGUAAAGCAGAGCCUCCUCUUUGUUUAUCUCUUGCAUGGUCCACUGAUGGCCAAACUUUAUUUGCUGGAUAUUCCGACAAUACUAUACGGGUCUGGCAAGUGUCUGUAUCUAGCAGAUAGGCUCUUUAAUAAAAGGCUUUAAAACCAAUUCAAUAUUA